AUGCCGGUGUCGUUUCUAUCGUCGAUCGCCUCGGCGGCGGGGGUAACAAUGGUGACGGAGUCGGGCGACAAGACCUUCUUUGUGUGUGCUCUUUUGGCCGCGCGGGGGAGCAAGCUGAAGGUUUUUUGUGGCGCCUACUUGGCUUUGGUGGUGCAGACGGUGGCUUGUGUGCUAGUGGCGGAAUUGUUCGCGAAUCGGGCUCGGUCAAUUGCUUACCGAAGGUACCGGUGGGACCUGAUUAUCGGUGGCGCUGCGUUGCUCGUCUUUGGUGUGCUCGGGAUCUGGGAAGGUUUGAGGAAGCCGCCGGUGCCGAACGAGCAGGAGUUGGAGGACGACCAAGAGAUGGAUAACCUGGACGACUUUAUUGCGGGGCUCGACGCAGACAAGCGCAAGACAUCGCGGCUGAGCCAGAUCCUGGAGCACGUCCAGCACAACCAGGACGCGCUGCUCAAGCUGGAGACCCUCGCGGACGACGUCUACACCGACCUGGAAACUGCCAACCCCUGCAGCGACCACGGCUCACAUGGUUCACCUGACCACCACGGCCUGGACAAGACUGCCUACCGUCCCCGAGAAGAACUCCAAGACCCUCUCACCGGCCGCCGGUUCUCAGCCUACUCCCAGAGCCUCAAGACCCUCAACGACGCCGCCACGCUCAUCCACAACACGGGCGCAGAUGGACGCAUCAUGCUCAAGGCCUUCAGCGCCGUCUUCGCUGCUGAACUCGGCGACCGUUCCAUGUUCUCCACCAUCGCACUUGCCGCCACCGAAAACGUCUGGGGCGUUACCAUCGGCGUGCUCAUUGGCCACUUUUGCGUCAACCUAGCCGGCGUCUGCUGCGCCUCCCUAAUCUGCCGCUACGUCUCCGAACGCACCACCACCCUUUUCGGCGGUUUCCUCUUCACGGUCUUCGGCCUCGUCUCUCUCUACGAGGCCCUCCAAGUCUACCUCACAGCCCCUUAG